UUAUUAUUUUUAAGUUAAAUCCAACCGGAACGUACGUUUACAAACAGUUUUUUUUUUCAUUUGUACUUAUAUUAUUUUAUUUUAUUUUUUUAAAAGUGAAAUCCAACCGGAACGUAGGUUUACAGACUACGCAGUUUACGUAAACCGCGUACGGAAGAACAUUUCCUGCGUAUGUUGCCGUAGUUAGCAAUGGCGGAGCUGAAGGAGGCAGACGCUGCCCAGCUACACCAGGAGGACGUCGAUAUCAAACGUGGAGAUGGUGGAGAUGCACCGUCAGCUGCUGCAGGUCAGACGGUGAAGACUGAAGCUGCUGCAGACAGCGACGCCAAACCUUCAACCACAACCUGCGAGCGACACGUCUCCAUCCAGACGAAACUGGAGGGCCUCGAGGGGCUGGUGGACCUCAACGGGGCGGGACGGAAGUCGUGUCCUCUGUGUCCGGAGGAGAAGUUUAAAGCCUGCUACAGCCACAAGCUGCGCCGACACCUGCAGAACCUCCACUGGAAGGUCUACGUGGAGUUUGAAGGUCAGAGGAUGUGUAUCUGCCACCUGCCCUGCAGACACCUGAAGCCCAGCAGCAGCGGAGACCAGGCCUCAGGCAGACACGUGGCUCACUACCACUGCGUGGUGUGUUCAGUGACCAUCGCCAGGAAGACGGACAUGAUCAGCCACCUGAAGAGACACGUCAACAAAGGAGAGACUGAAGCCAGCUACUCCUUCAGCUCCGACCUGCCGUUUGAGGAGCCGGCUCCGUCCGGUCAGGCGUACGAGAUCAUGAAGGAGCUGGGAACCAACGUCCAGCUGCUCCCUAACCACACCACGCCGCAGAAGAGCGACACCUACUUCAACCGCAAGAUGAAGACCAACAGGCAGCUGGUGUUCUGUUCUCUGGCUGUUCUCGCUGAGGAGAGAAACCCUCUCGAGUGUCUGGAUGCUUUUGGAGCCACAGGGAUUAUGGGCCUCCAGUGGGCGAAGCACCUGGGGAACGCCGUUAAAGUCACCAUAACGGACAUCAGCGACACGUGCGUCAAAAUGAUCAAAGAGAACUGCGAGCUGAACAACAUCCGUGUGGACGGAGGCUCGCGGGGCCCCCGGGGGCCCGACGGGGCCGGCGGCGAGGUCAAGGGGGCGCCGGUUGCCACGGUGGAGGUCGUCAAGAUGGACGCCAACGUCACCAUGCACCUGUGGCCCUUCGACUACAUUCACCUGGACCCGUUUGGGACGGCGGUGAACUACCUGGACGCCGCCUUCAGGAACGUGCGGAACCUGGGCAUCAUCUCGGUGACGUCCACCGACACGGGCUCGCUGUACGCCAAAUCUCCCAACGUCACCCUGCGGCACUACGGCUGCCACAUCGUACGCACCGAGUACUACAAAGAGCUGGCAGCACGCAUGGUGCUGGCCACCGUGGCCAGAGCGGCGGCUCGCUGCAACAAAGGCAUGGAGGUGCUGCUGGCGGUGGCGUUGGAGCAUUUCGUCCUGGUGGUGGUGAGGGUCCUCCGAGGGCCCACACAGGCUGACGAGUCGGCCAAGAAGCUCCGCAAACUGAUCCACUGUCAGUGGUGUGAGGAGAGAGUGUUCCUCAGACAGGGCAACAUGGUGGACGGUGACUAUAACACGCUGCCCUGUAACUGUCAUGGAAGUCUGCCGGGGAAGACAGCGGUGCAGCUGGGCCCCUUAUGGUGUGGUCCUCUGUUCAACACAGGCUUCCUGAGGAGGAUGCUGUCGGCGGCGGUGAAGCACAGCAUGGACGACAUCCAGCCGCUCGUCAAAACUCUCAUCUGCGAGUCCGACUGCACCACGCUCAAGUCCUUCGUCCAUGGGCCGUCAGCUCUCACCAACCAGGUGGAGUGUGGAGUCGUCAUCAAGACGUUACAGAGCGGAGAGGCGGAGUCGGCUGGUGCUGAGCCGUCUGACGUGAUGUCCAGCCCGCCGGCAGCCAAGAGGAAGUCUGGAGAGGAGCCGGGCGGCGUGGUGAAGAAGCUGAAGUCUGAGGCGUCUCUGGACCAUCCGCCCUUCUACUACAGCAUCCACCGCCACAGCAUCAGAGGCAUGAACAUGCCCAAGUUGAACAAGUUUCUCCAGUACCUGACGGAGGCCGGCUUCAGGGUGAGUCGCACCCACUUCGACCCGACGGGGGUUCGAACCGACGCCACGCUGGAGCAGUUUAAGUCUGUCCUCACCAAGUACAGCGUCCCCACGUACUCCACGGCCGCCGCCGCCGCCACCGCCACCAGCGCCCAGAGCGGCGUGAGCGCCGAGAAGACGGAGUGAGAGAAGAACCCGUCUCCACCUCCAGAGUUCUGAUGCACUGAAACUCUUCAACCCAAAGUCUGUUAAACGGAUCCAUUCUCCGUUUAUUUAAUUUAUUUCUCAGUUCUCUUUUGGGGUUUUUUGAAGUUCUUUUUCUUCCCUUUUCUAGCUGCUUUAUUGUAUUUUUUUGUUUUCUGUUCUUAUAGAAACAUAAUAAAAAUCUUUCUGCAAAGAU